AGAGAGAAAAGAGAAAAAGGAAGGGGGAAGAAAGAUGACAAAAAAAUUAAGAAAAAAAGAAAAAAAGAAAAAAGUAACAAAAUUAUAUAUGAAGCUAUGACUAUCGUGGCCUCUGCGCGGGAAUGCGAGUGGGCGAGAUGAUGAAUUUGAAAGUUAACUGGUGAUUCUCAGAGGCGCAAAAGAGAAGGAAGUCAAGCGUGACAGCGAUUAACGCGUUGACUUUGUUCGGACAGGAAGGUGGACAACAUGGGUAGAAACAUGAGAAGCUCGAGAGAGAGGGGAAAUGUCGUGGUUCUUUUGGAAAUCGGAUUGCUUCCGUAUUAUUAGCUUAAGCCGUAAGAAUAUAUCCGUGGAAUCGAAAGUAGGCCGAGUUCCGGUCUACGCGUGCAUUGAGUCUACUUAAUCAGGAUGAAAUCCAAGACUCCGGCAACAAUAGCCUCGCGAUGCCCGAAGGACCGGUGGGCAAAAUGAAAGCUCCUGAGAAACAAUGGAAGCGUCCACGCAAGCAUGACGGCCUCUUUCAGAUUCGUGGAGACCAUGUUUAGCCGUGCCCAAGGGAAACACUCUUCUUACAAAGCUCGUCCUUGUCGAGCUAAUCGAGGAAUAACGACGGUCGGCUGACCGUGUCUUUCGAUCGCGUCUUCCGACGAAGUGCCGAUCGACGAUCAAAUCAAGUAAGGUGAUCGCAGAGACCACGGGGAAAGGAACUGCCGGAGGAUUAUGUUAGUGAAAAGGCAACACCCUCUACGAGGGCGCAUAUUACUUGCCCUCUUCUUACUCGUCGGAAGUUUCGCCUUGCCCUCGAAAGCGGCAGCAUUUCCGGAUUGGACGGACUGUCCAGCUGUUUGCAGAUGCAAGUGGACGUCCGGAAAAAAGUCGGCUCUCUGUCCGGACGCUGGAUUGACGUCGCUACCAGCCUCUUUGGAUCCAGACAUGCAAGUUUUGGAUCUGUCGGGCAACAAAAUACCAGCCCUACAAUCGGAGAUCUUCAAACGUGCCGGUUUGUUAAACCUUCAAAGGGUUUUUCUAAGAAACGCCGGUAUACACGAGAUCCACGCGGACUCGUUCAGAGACAUGAGGAUAUUAGUAGAAAUCGAUCUUUCGGACAAUCACGUGAGAAGCUUAGAACCGGACACUUUUCUCGGUAACGAGAGGCUCAGAAUUCUUAUACUCAGCGGUAAUCCUUUGGUUGCUCUCAAGAGUCAUCAAUUUCCAGUUCUCCAACAUCUUAGAAAUUUGGAGUUGCAGAGGUGUUCGUUGACCGAUAUACACGGGCAAGCCUUCGUGAGACUCGUAGGCUUGGAAUCUUUGAAACUCGAUGGCAACGAACUCGAGUACUUGGAAGCUUCGGUCAUAUCGAGUCUACCUCGUCUAAAGACUCUCACCUUGGACGGUAAUCGUUGGAGUUGCGACUGUAGAUUACGAGGAUUUCGUACUUGGCUUAUACCGGAAACACCGAGUAAAUUAUAUUCCGUGCCACAGUUGUGUUCAACGCCAGAGAGAUUGGAAGGUCGAAGAUGGGAAGAGGUAAAGCCCGUCGAAUUUGCCUGCGAGCCCGAGGUAUUUGUAUUGGCUAGUACGAUACAGGAGGAAACGAAUGGUAACUUGAGUCUCGCGUGUUUGGCUACCGGAGACCCAGAACCCGAAGUUUGGUGGCAACUCAAUGGUGGUCCUGUUAACGCAACAAGAAUCUCCGAUCAACCAUACGUAGGAACUUACGUAUCUCACGUAUCCUCGGACACGAACGUUGUCUACAAUGAGAAAUCCGAGAGAGCCACCGACAGGUGGAGCAAUUUAACGGUAUACAAUGCUAGCGACGGCGACGCAGGGGAGUACGCGUGUUUUGCGAGAAACAUAGCAGGUCUUGCAAGGGAUACGGUAAGCGUCGCCAUACCACGUAUCUAUACCGCACCGACUUUAUCCCAGAGCGACAAUUGGUUGCUUUGGGUUAGUCUGGCAGGUGGUGGUGCGGCCGCUCUUGGUGCUUCCAUUUCUGUCAUUCUUAUGGCUUUUUGCUUGUGCGGUGGCUCACGUCGUAACGGUAAACGCGAAAAGGUCAAACUCCAAGGUAGUACGAGCUUCGGGGAUCAGGAAAAGAAACUCUUGGAUCUGUCGGUUACAACUACGACGGCUGGUAGCGCGAACGAUCGUGCCAGUGGUCAUGGUAGUUUGGCCGAGGCAUGUAGUACAGGUGACCUUGAACUGGCCGAACGUGUUUCUAUCUGUGAUCACAUGGGAGCCGCAACGGUGACCAUCGAAAGACUCAGACCAGAGAUAAGUAAUUCGACUACCGUGUGUCGUGCCAUUCCAUGUGCCCCCGGUUUUCCCCCACCGCCGCCAGAAUUUACAACGGGAGUCCUACCAGCCGGCAUCUUUGGCAACAUCUUCAUCUCCGUAUCUUUGCCGCAGGACUCGACGGAACGUUGUUAUCCCGAUCUACUCGACAUACCCGUCCACGGUGUUAUCAGUGGUGUUACCGAGAAGAACACGGUCGCAGCCUUGCCUUCGACCCCCUGUGUAUCCAGUUUUGCGACUCUUCCUCGACGAGCCCUUCGCAACGCCGAUCUUGGUUCACCUUAUGACAAUAUGGGCCCGAGGGUCACUGCCAAUGGAAGUUCCGCGUUCUCCCUGACAGACGUGGAUUUGAGAUUAUCGCCACCUCCACCGCCACGGAUCAUUCAACCGCCGCACGAGUUUGUCUCUCUUUAAAAAGACAUUGUGAGAGAAGCAAAAUGAAAAAAAAA